ACUUUUAUUGAGGAACAAACGAGCUUUAUCCAGUGCGUCACUCACUGCACACUUCUCUGCGUCACAUAAAAAGAUGGCGGACCACUCUGUUGAAAUAACUGAGGGCUGUCGACUUCCAGUAUUGCGGAGAAAUCAAGAAAACGAAGACGAAUGGCCUUUGGCUGAAAUCUUAAGUGUCAAAGACAUCUCUGGGAGGAAGCUCUACUAUGUCCACUAUGUUGACUUCAAUAAGCGGCUGGACGAAUGGGUCACUCCAGACCGGCUGGACAUUAAGAAGCUCCAAUUUCCCAAAAAGGAGGCAAAGACCCCCAUGAAGAAUGGCCUGUCUGGGUCUCGUCCGAGCUCACCAGAAAGAGACGUGAAGAAGAGUCUAGAUCUUCAUGUUCAGUCUGCUUCGGCUCCUUCAAGAGGCAAAACCGUCCCCACACCGAAAAGGAAAGCGGAGUCAGUCUCUUUAGCCACACAGGUGACUGCAGCGACUCCAGUGCCUUCACUUCCAGCUUCUACAGAGGCCAGUCAGGCGGCACUCUAUACAGCAAUCAGAGAUGCAUCCUUCAACAUUAAAUCCAGAGAAGAACAUGAACCGCUCACCUCUCUAACAACAAAUGGCACAACAUCCAUCCAGCGCCAUCUUAUUCCUCCUCAACCUGGGAGAAAAAGAAAGAAUUGUGGAGGCACAGAUGAGGACUCGCAGGACAGUUCAGAUGGAAUCCCUUCUGCCCCACGCAUGACUGGGAGCUUGGUGUCCGACCGCAGCCAUGAUGACAUCGUGACUCGGAUGAAGAACAUAGGCUGUAUAGAGCUGGGCCGACACAGACUGAAGCCUUGGUACUUCUCUCCAUACCCACAGGAGCUCACCUCUCUGCCCAUUAUCUACCUUUGUGAAUUCUGUCUCAAAUACCUCAAGAGCCUCAAAUGUCUUCAGAGGCACCUGACAAAAUGCAACCUUCGGCAUCCUCCAGGAAAUGAGAUCUACCGCAAAGGAACCAUCUCCUUUUUCGAAAUAGAUGGCAGAAAAAACAAGGCAUAUUCCCAAAAUUUGUGUUUACUGGCUAAAUGCUUCCUGGACCACAAGACCCUGUACUACGACACAGACCCUUUCCUCUUCUAUGUUAUGACAGAGUACGACCCAAAGGGUUUCCAUAUUGUUGGCUACUUCUCAAAGGAGAAAGAAUCAACAGAGGACUAUAAUGUGGCCUGUAUCCUGACGUUACCACCUUACCAGAGAAGAGGCUAUGGCAAACUGCUCAUUGAGUUCAGUUAUGAGCUCUCAAAGGUGGAAGGAAAGACGGGCACCCCAGAGAAACCCUUGUCUGAUUUGGGACUGCUCUCCUACCGCUCGUACUGGUCCCAGACCAUUCUGGAGAUACUCAUGGACCUCAAAUCAGAGAAUGGAGAACGACCACAGAUCACCAUCAAUGAAAUCAGUGAGAUUACAAGCAUCAAGAAAGAAGAUGUGAUAUCCACCCUUCAGUACCUCAACCUCAUCAAUUAUUAUAAGGGUCAAUACAUCCUCACCUUGUCCGAGGACAUAGUGGAAGGUCACGAGUGUGCAAUGCAGAAACGCCAUCUCCGCAUUGAUCCCAAAUGCUUGCAUUUCACUCCUAAAGACUGGAGCAAGAGGGGCAAGUGGUGAAGUCCAGAGGAGGGCCACUGCUUCACAGAUACAAAAACAAUUUCAAACCAACGUAAACACUGUAAAUAUUCCUGUAUUUAUAUACCUUUUUUAUUAAAAUCACUUCAAAUCAUUUCUAAAUUCAGUUCGCUGUGAUGCAUCAAUAAACAGUCUGUUCUAACUAC